GACGCACGCGCACAGCCGCCGCCGCCGGUUCGGCUCCCCGAGUUCGUGGCCAGAGGCGCCUCUUGGACCCUCGGAGGGGGGCAUGAUGGUGGUGGGCACCGGCACCUCGCUGGCGCUCUCGUCCCUGCUGUCCCUGCUGCUCUUCGCCGGCAUGCAGAUGUACAGCCGCCAGCUGGCCUCCACCGAGUGGCUCACCAUCCAGGGCGGCCUGCUGGGCUCCGGCCUCUUCGUCUUCUCGCUCACUGCCUUCAAUAAUCUUGAGAAUCUUGUUUUUGGUAAAGGAUUCCAAGCCAAGAUCUUCCCCGAGAUUCUCCUGUGCCUCCUGUUGGCUCUCUUUGCAUCCGGCCUCAUCCACCGAGUCUGUGUCACCACCUGCUUUAUCUUCUCCAUGGUCGGUCUGUACUACAUCAACAAGAUCUCUUCUACCCUGUACCAGGCAACAGCGCCGGUCCUCACCCCUGCCAAGGUCACGGGCAAGGGCAAGAAGAGAAACUAGGCCUGAAUGUCCAAUAAAGAUGGUUGUUUGUA